AUGGCGGCUCCGCUUGACGAGCUGCACCAGGGCAACACUGGAACAACAAGAUACAUCAUAGGUGCUCCUAGAAACCAGCCCGAAUCUGCUCCGCACAACUCCAAUGGGCAAUACAACUACAACCCACCAAAUCCAACGAACGGGAAUGCAAAUUCAAAUGUCAACGAUGCUCCCUAUGAGAGCGAUGGCAGAUAUUCAUCCGAUAGUCGAACAGGGCGUAAGCGAUCACUUGGUGGCCCGAACGAACGGAGCCGGUCAAGGACAAAUGGCAGUAACGGGAAGUCAGAUUCGAGAGUGCGGCAGUGUAAGAAGUGUGGCGAAGCGCUGACCGGUCAGUUCGUGCGUGCGCUCGGAGGGACCUUCCACCUUGACUGUUUCAAAUGCGCCGACUGCGGUCAGAUUGUCGCGUCCAAAUUCUUCCCCGUCGAUGCAGAAGAUGGCUCUGGCCAAUUUCCUCUAUGCGAAACGGACUAUUUUCGGCGUCUUGAUUUGCUGUGUUUUGAAUGCGGCGGCGCUUUACGAGGUUCUUACAUCACGGCGCUGGAUCGGAAAUACCAUAUUGAGCAUUUUACUUGUUCGGUUUGCCCAACCGUGUUCGGCGCUCAGGACAGCUACUACGAACAUGAUGCCAAGGUCUAUUGUCACUACCACUACUCCACCCAGUUUGCGCAGCGGUGCAACGGUUGUCAGACUGCUAUUCUCAAGCAGUUUGUUGAGAUCUUCCGCAAUGGGCAGAAUCAACACUGGCAUCCCGAAUGUUACAUGAUCCACAAAUUUUGGAAUGUGCGACUCGCGCAAAACGAACAAGAGGGUGCUAGGAAAGACAUCGACGCGCCAGUCACGGAAGAUGAGCGAGAGGCUGUCAAAGAGGACGAAGAAAAAAUGGAAGACAAGGUCUAUCGAAUUUGGAGCACUCUCUCUACCUUUGAGGAAUCAUCAGCCUCCUGCAUAUCUGACAUGCUUUUGCACGUUAGCAACGGGGUAUACGUCGACGGCGUCAUCGUGGCACGUAAAUUCAUUUGGCAUGUUGACAUUCUGUUCGGCGCCAUCGACACGCUUGGCGCUCUGGUGGUGAAAGCCGAACUCAAGGAACUCGCUUAUGCCCGGGAAGCAAAACUCCUUUGUAAGAAGGUCGUUGCUUUCUUCACGCUUCUCUCUAAAACCCAGGAGACUGGUGUGCGGAAGCUCGGUGUCACUCAAGAACUCCUAUCCCUGGUUACUGGCCUGGCUCAUUACCUGAAGCUUCUCAUUCGGAUCGGUCUUCAGGGCGCGCUGAAGCUUGAACGCGAGAAAGGAUCUCCCGAAGGUCUCCAUGCCUUCUUGGAUGAACUUGCGGACCUUGAGACCAUUAAAGAGCAAGAGAUGAAAUCCAUCGACCUGCAAGAAAGUGUUGCGGGGCUGGCGAGCCAAGAAUCGGAUUGCUGCUCGGCGUGCAUGGAACCGAUUGACGAUGAGUGUGUCAUGAUCUAUGGCCGGAGAUGGCACGCGAGGCCUCCUCAUUUGACAUGCAGCGUGUGCCAGCGAGACCUAACUGGCGAGCUUGGCAGUGCAAUGUACAACGAAAGAGAAGAGAGGGUCUACUGUAUCGACCACGCCAGGCGAACAUCCGAGACGGUCACAGGCUUUGCGCAUGUUACCAAAUUACAACAGUACGUCUUCCUACUCCGCGUGGCGUUGGCACGAUUGUUAGAGGUGCUCAAAUCUGGCGGCACUUUGCCGCACACCUCGGAUGACCCAAACUUGACGCCAUACGAUACCAACGAAGGCCACCAUGUCACUCCUGCUGGUGAGCAUUCCAGACCAGUCCAGAAGAUGGGAUCUAGAUCUCGCUCCUAUGCUGGCACCUCCAUUCAGCAAGAAUCCUCAUUGGAGCAGACCGUUGGCGAGAUGAAACGUCUGCGCUCUACACGCAAUGAACGUACUCUGUCUACUACAUUCCGGAAAGCCCGAGAGUCGAAGAUACUCUAUGGGCCAACUGGUGUUCGUCCAGGUUCUGAGGGCACUGAUGGCCCGGACAACCGAAAUCCUGGAGGGUUCCAAAUCGUCCAGGAGAAAGAUCUCGAUGGUCGUGUCAGACCAGAACUUACUUUUGGCAAUCAAGAGGGUCUGACUCUGGACGACAUCCCGCGGAUUGUCGCCGCCGAGCAAGCGAAGGAGCAACGACCCAAUGCCUUCCGCCACGCGGGGACGAACCUUAUAGGUCACCGUGGCAACGAACCCAGACUCGUCAAUGGUCACUCACGGGGUACGUCUGGUGCCGGGGCUGAUCUUCUAAGUGGCGAAAACCCCCUCCGGACCAAGCGAUACUUCUCAGAAUUAUCCGCCUUGGAAUACUUCAUCGUCCGACACGUGGCUGUAUUGUCGAUGCAACCACUGUUGGAUGGUGAAUAUACCCUGGAGGACUUGCUUGGCCUCAUUGAACAGCGCAAGCCAACAUUCUGGGGCAAAGUCAGUCGUGCCCUGCGUGGUGACGGAGGAGUAAAAAAGAAGGGCAUUUUCGGCGUACCACUAGAGACUCUGGUUGAGCGCGAAGGCGCAGAGUCAACUAACGGAGUCGGUCCCGGAGCCUUGCGGGUCCCAGCGAUCGUAGACGACUGCGUCUCAGCCAUGAAGCAGAUGGAUAUGUCGGUUGAAGGUGUCUUCAGAAAGAACGGCAACAUCAAACGCUUGAAAGAGGCUGCGGAGGCGAUCGAUGCAAAUCAGACCCCAGAUCUCAACCGCGAAAACCCCGUUCAGGUUGCCGCAUUGCUCAAGAAAUUCUUGAGAGAAAUGCCGGAACCUCUGCUGACCUACAAGCUGCAGAAGCUUUUCAUCAUAUCUCAGAAGAUCGCUGACGACGAGCGGCGGAGAAGAGUGUUGCAUCUCACCUGCUGUUUGAUGCCAAAGAGCCAUCGUGAUACGAUGGAAGUGUUGUUCUCGUUUCUGAAGUGGGCGGCUUCAUUUUCUCAAGUCGACGAGGAAUCUGGGAGCAAAAUGGACAUCCACAACCUGGCUACCGUAAUGGCACCAAAUAUCUUAUACGCAAAGGAGAAGGCAGCGGGUGCAAGACCCAACGUUCCGCAGGUCGAUGAGAGCUUUCUAGCUAUCGAGGCCGUCAAUACUUUGAUCGAGUACAACGACUAUUUCUGUCAGGUUCCCGAAGAUUUGCAGUCUAUUCUGACCGACACCGGCCUCCAUGGCGGGUCAGCAGAACUCACGACGAAGGAGAUUCUAUCGAGAUAUGGCCACAUUGCCAAAGGUCAGGUCCAGAGACAGACUGCGUCGGCAGCAGAUGCUCCUAUCCGCAGCCCAGCUUCAGGCUCGACGCCUGUCGGCCCUGUCGCGACCCGAGUGGACGUAGACCCAUACCAAGCCACAGCAUGGCAGAAGCAGAGCUCAGUCCGUCCUGUUCAGAACAUGGCUUCGGCCACUUCCGCUCCUGCAAACGACUUCCAUUUCGCCACCCCCAAAAGUCCUUAUGCCCGCGAUCGUGCCGGUAGCGCUGACAGCUCAGGUAGCCACGGUGCCCAACCUCAACCGGUUGGGCGGCAGAGUUACCAGACCAGACCCGGACAAAUGGGUGUCUCGGGUUGA